AUGGCCACCAAUUCGGUGACUCCCAUUGAAAUGCAAGAAACCAACCCAACAUCAACCGAAAAUAAGGAACGAGCCACCAUCAACAAACAAGAUGUCAGUCCAAUCAAAGACAACCCAGAUGAGCCAAUCCAACAUGUUGAGCUAUGUGGCUGGAAAUUCCCCUUCAAAUGGUAUCACAUCCUGACCAUGAUUGGCUGGUUCAUCAUGUUGAGUUUCAUGGUCUAUUACACCAUUAGACAAUCGAUGAGUUAUGUUGAGGCCAUGUCCAAGCCAACCACAACCAUGAGUUGGAUUCCAGCAACUUCCCUUACCCUGCCAGCAGUUACAGUUUGUAAUUGGAAUGCAGGUCCUUCUGAUUGUAAUGCUUGUGCCCUUCGAUUUGAUGGAGCUGUUGAUUUUCAAUCUUCGAAUAAUUACAAUUCUGACCAGGUUUAUUAUAAGGAAAUUGAACAGGGAGGAAACAAGUAUCAUUGUUAUGUUUUUAAUAAUAUUUCGGAUAGUUCGAGUGCUAAUUUAAUGAAAUCGUCAUUGAUUGGAUAUAAUGGAAUUAGAACAUUUUUUUUCGGAUUGAAUGCUCCAACUCCAACUGAAAUCAGUUCUAAAAAAGUCAAAAUGGGAUUCAUUGUUUCAUUCCAUGAGCAAGGAACCACUCCUGAUUUAUUAUCCGAAACUAAUUAUGCCCUUCCCUCAUUAGAUAACUUUUUCAUGUUGACCAAAGUCAUCACCACUCGAUUAAAACCAACAAUUGAUAAUCCAAAUCUCAAUUCUACAAAAUGGAAUUCUGAAAAGACAGUUCUCAGAACGUAUAAUGCAGACGAAACUUCACUAACUAUUUCAGUAACUUACAACUCUCUCAGUACAACUCAAAUUGAGGAAGUUUACACAAACUCAAUUGAGGGAUUACUUGGGGAAUUAGCGGGAAUGAUCGGACUUUUGGUUGGAAUUGAUUUAUUGAAAAUGAUUAGAGGAUUUUUGGAAAUUCCUUUUGUAUUUAAGGAAAAAUCAACAAUGGAAUUUUGGGAUAAUUUCAAUUGA